AUGUCUCAAGCCGCCGCGCCAGGUCUCUACGAGGAACUGACCAGGAGACUUGAGAUCUACAAGCAGACGCUGGCUGCCCAAGAUGGAGUGCUCCGUUCUGUCGUCAAAGACAAUCUCACCCUGGCCGUCAACCGGCUAGAGAUAGCACUUCUUCAGCUCUACAAGCUCGCCGUAUUCAUCCGUGGUGACUAUGAUGAGCGAGAAGACGACGAUUUGCAGAAGAAUAUUGUGGCAUCAAGGUCUAUGGCCGAUGCUCAAUGCUCACAACGUCAGGUCACAUCUUUUCAGACGGAUGAAAUCCAGCAGCUGCAGAGGGAUGUCCAGCGAGCGCUGGACCAAACCAAACUGGAGAUGGACGCAAUCCGCCAGCAGGCCGAGCAGAAUCAGCACGAUGUCGAAGUAUGGACUCGACAGAAAGAAGAGGCUGCAGAUGCCCUGCAACGAGCCCAAGAUGAGAGAGAGAACACGGCAAGAGAGAGAGAGAUCGGAGACAUCUUUUUGGUGCAGUUUUUCGGAGGGUUUGCGAUGGGCGACGUUGAGGGAAACAUGCGAAAAAUCGAACAAGAGAGGAGCAGGUUGAACAACGCACAGGAGCAGUGGAUGAAAGCGCGCAACUCUCUCAUCGAGGUGAUGCACCGGCAGAACGAGGUCAAUGUUAGGCGCGUUGCUUUGGAGCAGGUCGCUCAGCAGAUGCCUACACUUCAGGUGAUGACGGAUGGGCUCAACAAGGACUUGGCUGCACUCCUGGGUGGAUUCACUGAUCUCAAGGACAAGGCGACUCAACUGUUGCUCCUCAUCGAUGAGAUGAAGAAUCGCGCUACGGUUACGAUGAGGCAGGCAUACAAGAAGGCCAUGUUUGCUGAGGGGAUCCUUAAUCUCUGCCGUAUGGCACUCAUCGAUGGCCGUGUCUGCGACGAGGUCGAGACAAUCACUCUUGAGAUUUCUAGCGGCUACUCUGGCCAGACUAUUCCGGAGAGCGUCUCCAAGCUUCUGACUGAGGUGGGACAAGCUGCUAGGGAAACUACGCAGAAGUCCAUCACUGGCUAG